AUGAGCUGCUGUCCUAAAUGCACCGGGGCCCGCCUCAGCAGCCUGUCCCCAGACGCACAGCUCAUUCUGGCCCGAGCCGAGGGUCACAUUGUGCUCUGUCCGUCUCACAAGAACCGCCUCAAGGCUGGUCAUGCGACAUACGAAGAUGAGGUGAAGGCUGUGAGAAAGAGUGAUGUAGCAGUGGUAUGUGGCUCCAGCUGCCUGCACCUACACCACAAUCAUGUGUACGGAGGACUGGUGCCACUCCCUGGGGCUCCGCAUAUGGCACAGCAGCCUCCUGCAGGGCACGAUCCACUCAUUAGCAUUCCUACACCGCCGAGGCCAAGUGCAAGACAAAAAAGGCUCUAA